AUGCGAUCAAGACAUCGAGGAUCUUCGGCAUCUCAAGGAAGAGGCCAUGGAAUAUCCCGAAUUCUUCAUAAAGACGCUGCAAAAGCGCAAAGAGAACUUGACUUGCAAAAGUAUAGAAACAUACAUCUUAAGAGCUCCUUGACGUCAACUUUGUUGAAAAGAAAUAGAGUCUCCGCAAGCUCUCCCAUUUCGCCAUCCUCAGAUGCAAACACGGCCGUUGAAGAGUUAUUGGCCCAAAUUUCCCAGCUCCAGGAGUCUUUUAAGAAAGAUCUUACCAUACUUAAAGAGUGGAUAAAGACCCAUGAGUCCGACAUGAAACGGGGAUAUUACGAGGAGAUACACCGCAAGCUUAGAGCAAGGCCGCCAUCUGAAAUCAGGGAAAAGGUGCAAAAUCUAUUGAACGAAGAUCUUGCCCUUUUCGACAGCGACGAAGAACAUGAAGCGAGCGGCCACUACUCAAAGGAUGACCCCAUUUAUGAUGGCGAAUAA